AAAAAAUCAGAAGAAUCUGAAGAAUUAAUAUUUGUAUUUUGCGUUUGUAUUCGUAAUUUUAAUAAUAUUUAUCAGUUAUUACGUUCUUUAAUGUUUAAAAAAUGAUAAGUAUAUACAAUUUAGAUGACGCUAGCGAGUCCCAACCGAUAUCUUCGUUUGCCAAAGGAGAACACCUAAUAGGUAGGAACACAUUAAAUUGUAAAGAUGCCAGAGUUUCCAGAAAUCACGCUGUGAUAACGAUAAACGAUGAUAAUACGGCAUCAUUAAAAUCUACACACGCAAAUCCGAUAUUUUACAAACCGAACGGAGGUAAUAGCAUUCAAUUAAUUAAGAAAGAAUCAUCGAGCGUCCUUUUGAAAGACGGCGAUCAGUUUGGCCUUUUACCCGAUGAUUAUUGGUUCAAAAUUAGAUUAGAGAACGACGAUUUAAGCUCUAAUAGAUCCCUGAAGAGAAUUCACCGAGAUGAUACCGAUGGUAACGAUCUUGCAAAAAAGAGUAAAAUUACCGAUGGAGAAGACAACAUAGAUUCCGACGAAAGCUUCGAUUUUGCAGAUUUAAUGGAAGAUCCCAAUAAUUUAAAUGAAACCAAUAAAAACGACAAUACAUCACAAUCUGCGGAUAAUUUAGAUAUUACGAUUAACCAAUCGCAUAAUAACUCAAAUAUCGCAUCACAUCCUGAAAACACGGAAGAAAAUACACCGGAAAAUAUCCCCGAAACCGUCGAUGAACCCAGCACAAGCAAUAAUAAUUCUACAACAAAAGCUACAAAUGUAAACUCUGAGGAUCAAAUUGGCGUAGCAACAACAUCACUUAAUCAAGCAACCCAUUCAGAUGAUACAAAAAAUGACGAUAUCGGCGUCCCCCGAACGAGCAAAAGAGUCCGAUGCUGGUACGGAGAAACAUGCUAUCGAAGAAACCCCAAUCACAAAAAGGACUUCAGCCACCCUUGUGACAGCGAUUACGAAGAAUCCGAUCAAAGUAUUGUAGCUCCUUGUCCAUUCGGAGACAGUUGUUACCGUACCAAUCUGAACCACAGGAAACAGUACAAGCAUUCGAAACCACCGGCUCCCAAACCACAACCUCCCGCGAAUCCCGUUAACGAUUCUAACAGUGAUGAAGAUGUGGCUGCGGGCGAUAACAACGCAGGCCGGAUGAAGAGGAAAGCCGCUAAUAAGAAGAAGAAUUACUCGGAUUCCCCGGAGGACGAUUACGAUUUCGAUGAUUCGUUCAUCAACGAUGGGAGCAGUGAUGAUUACGAAGCGUCCGAUGAUGAUGGGGAUUCCUCGGAUAGCGAUUGGCGGGUGUCCCAGGCGGAGCCCGAGGAGAGCGAGGAGACUAGAAGAUUGAUCAGGGAGGCUAGGAAGUUCACUAAAAAGAAGAAAUGAUGCGAUGAGAGGGAGUUAAGAGAUGUAGAUGAUGAGAAUUUUCUCGAUUUCUUUAUGUUAUAUUUUGUUAUUUGUUGUUAACAUUUCUAAGAAAUUAAUGAAAUAAAAUAUAUUCUUACGAACCAGGUUUAUUAAACAACGAGGAUCAAUAGUUCCGGACAGUUCUAAAUAGUUCUGAACUUUCCUAGUUUAUCCUAGACAGUUUCAAAAGUUUCUGGAUAGUUUCCAAAUGAUUCUAGACAG